CUUAAAUUGGGAUCUACGUGACGCAAGGGUGGUUUGUAGAAUGUUAGGGUUUGGUGGAGCUUUGGAAGCACCGAGAUCUGCUAGGUUUGGUCAAGGUUCUGGACGCAUUCUUCUAAACUGGGUCCAGUGCGAUGGAUCAGAAGACACUUUUGCAGACUGCAUACACCCAGGAAUUGGAGAUUACAGUUACUGUGGUCAUAACAAAGAUGCAGGAGUCGUGUGCUUCCUUGGAGUUCGACUUGCAGAUGGAGCCAGCGAUAAUGAAGGAAGGGUAGAGAUUCUGCACGAAGGGACCUGGGGAACUGUAUGUGAUGAUUUUUGGGAUCUGGAUGAUGCUACCGUUGUGUGCAGACACUUAGGAUUUGAGGGAGCUCUGGCUGCGUUACCCCAGGCUUACUUUGGUGAGGGUUCUGGUGAUAUCUUGUUGGAUGGUGUUCAGUGCAAUGGAUCAGAAUCCAACCUCAAAGACUGCAAUCACAGCGGAAUAGGUGUGCAUAAUUGUGCACAUAAAGAGGAUGCCGGCGUCAUAUGCAGAAAUACAGCACACCCAAACCCAUUCCAAGUCCGUCUGGUCGGUGGAUCUAAUUAUGCUGAAGGGAGAGUGGAGGUGCUACAUGACGGAUCCUGGGGAACUAUCUGUGAUGACCUCUGGGAUCUGAGAGAUGCCAGGGUGGUUUGUAGGAUGCUGGGGUUUGAUGGAGCCUUGGAGGCACCGGGAUCUACUAGGUUUGGUCAGGGAUCUGGGACAAUUCUCCUCGACGACCUCGGCUGUAUUGGUUCAGAAAACAAUCUUGCAGAAUGUCCACAUCGUGGUACAGGAGUUAAUAACUGUGGACACGCCGAAGAUGCAGGCGCUAUUUGUUACACAGGAGACCCAUUACGGAUUCGCAUUGCCGGUGGAUCUAACGAUGCUGAAGGCAGAGUAGAGGUACAGCAUGACGGAUCCUGGGGUACUGUCUGUGAUGACUGGUGGGAUCUUAGAGACGCCUGGGUGGUUUGUAGGAUGAUGGGGUUUGAUGGAGCCUUGGAGGCACCGGUAUCUGCAAGGUUUGGUAAAGGAUCUGGUCGCGUUCUGCUGAAGUAUGUAAACUGUAAAGGAACUGAAGACAAUCUAGCAGACUGUGCUCAUCCAGGGAUUGGUCGUUACUCAUGUAGCCAUUCAAGAGAUGCAGGAGCCAUUUGUUAUUCUGGAGGUAAGUUAGUGGUCGAUUUCGUAAACGAUAUAAGCCUCCGAAUUCAAUUUUAAUUCCAUUAAAUUGAUUUGUU